AUGGGAAGACGGUUCGCAUGCGUCUCGACACUGGAGCAGACGUACAUUGCUGAACACGGCAGACUAGACCGCCAUUGGUCGACCGGAGCUGCAAUCACCCCGUCUGACACUGAAGUCUGCCGACAACAACCAACAUUCGGGGAUGCUACGAAUGCAAAUUCAUCACUGAUGGUCGUCGAGGACAUGGCACUUGCCACGUAG